CCCCAUCCCCUCAUCGCCGCGACACAUCCCAAACAACCACUGCAACAUGGGUUUGGCCUCGAAAAUGGCUGCGGCCAAUGCCGCCGCGGGCAUCCCUCCAGGUGGCCAGCCUGGCUAUCCUGGCCAGCAGCAGUACCAAGCCUAUCCAGGUGCCCAAGGUGCCGGUGCUCCCGGGGGUGGCCCACCAGGACAGCCCCCUCAGGGCCAAUAUGGCGCGCCUCCACCUCAGGGCGGAUACCCGGGCGGACCGCCUCCACCACAGCAAACUCAGAGUAGCCCUGCUGAGAUAGAAGGCUACAAACAGCUUCUACACGCUUGUAUCCAGGAAAAGAAUCUCCAGAGCUUCUAUCCGCCAAACGACCCAAGGAUUAACCAGAUUGCGCAAGAAGCAGGUCCCAAGGUCAACCAGGUCAUCCAGCGAUGGCGUGUCGCAAAGGAGAUUGCAAACGACAUUGUAAAGCUUGCCUUGUACGAUAUUGUUCUCUAUAUUGACGACAGUGGUUCCAUGCAGUUUGAAGAGGAGGGAAGCCGCAUCAAGGACUUGCGCCUUAUUCUGGAGCGAGUUUCUUUUGCUGCCACACUCUUUGAUGCAGAUGGCAUCUCGAUUCGCUUCAUGAACACCGACCUUACCAACGCACGUGACCAACAAGGCCGACCUCUCCAGGAUGGUGUUGCUUCCGAAGCCCAGAUUGAGCAGCUUAUGCGCGGCGUACAAUUCAAGGGCCUCACACCCAUGGGCACUGCUAUGAGGCAAAAGGUCAUUGACGGCAUUGUUCUCCAGAAGGCAAGGAGCGGUCAGCUGCACAAGCCUGUACUGGUCAUUGCCAUCACCGAUGGUCAGCCAGCUGGAGAGCCCCAGAACGCCAUCUUUGACACUAUUCAAUAUGCCUUUGAUUCCCUCAAGAGCACACAGUACGGUCGAGGUGCCGUCGCGUUUGAGUUUGCCCAGGUUGGAAACGAUGAAGCAGCGAGGAAGUUCCUCGGCAAACUCGAUGAGCACCCCCUUAUCGGACCAGAAGUUGAUUGCACCUCGAACUUUGAGAAUGAGCAAGAAGAGAUGAUGCGUGCCAAUCCCCCAGUGGACCUUACACCCGAUCUCUGGAUCAUCAAGCUACUUCUUGGUGCCAUUGACCGAAGCUACGAUGCCAAGGAUGAAAAGACCAACGCACCACCUGGUGGAUACGGCGCGCCUCCAGGCCAGUACGGUGCCCCGCCUCCGGGUCAAUAUGGCGCUCCUCCUCCAGGUCAGUACGGCGCUCCCCCGCCAGGACAAGGUCAAUACGGCGCCCCGCCUCCAGGCCAAUACGGCGCUCCUCCUCCUCCAGGACAAGGACAGUAUGGAGCUCCUCCGCCAGGUCAAUAUGGCGGUGCUCCACCACCAGGCCAGUACGGUCAACGACCACCUCAGGGUGGCCCUGGCGGAUACCCAGGCCAACAGCAGUAUGGAGCACCUCCACCAGGUGGAAGGUACUAGUACUGAACUCCUACCUAUGGUUUGAGUAGCCUGGAGUCAAUCAGACCAAAAUUGAAAAGAAGUGGAUAAAUGUGUCGAGGUAGAGUGAUUGCUAUCCUCUAAUCUGGGUUUGGUGGCUGAGACAUUGUUUUUUUUUAUAAAGCUCGGCUCUAGGUAAUACCGAUUCCUUGCACGAUGCGAAUAUAUCAGUUAUCGUUUAUGCUAUGCUCUCAAAAGCUUCGACAGCUAGUUAUAUUCCCCAAUUGCCUUUGUAGUUAUGAUUCCUGAGUAUGAUGUAGUUAUGAAUCUAAGAGUAUGACAAUGCGAAGUAGAACAGC